CUUCUGUGUCCCGCCUUCCGCAUGAGGGCACACCCCACAGAGGCUGCCUGAAGUCUUAUGAACAGCAUACAAGGUGUUGCAAAACCCUCGGUGACAGUACCAGGAACGCCGAGUAGCGGAACGAAUUCGGAAACUUUCAUCAUGAUUAUCGGCGGUGGGGUUUCAAAAUAUCUCUUACUUGCGGCGGUGGCACUCACGGCCUAUGUGUGGAGGGACACGUUUGAUGCAGAGUCAGUUCGGGGUGCCAGGGUGUUGGUGACUGGUGCCAGUACGGGCAUCGGGGAACAGGUGGCGUACCAUUAUGCCAGGAUGGGAGCCCAGAUUGUCAUCACUGCCAGAAGAGAACAGUCCCUGCAGACGGUGGCAGACAAAUGCAUGCAGCUGGGUGCCCAGAAGGCCCUGUACGUGACAGGGGACAUGUCUGUGCCUUCUGACCCUGAGAGGGUUCUCCACGAUGCCGUCAACCUGCUGGGAGGGCUGGACUUCCUGGUUCUGAACCACAUCGGGAACACACCGUUCAGCCUCUGGGAUGGAGAUAGCAACCACGUCCGCACGGUGAUGCAGGUGAACUUUGUCAGUUACGUGAGCAUGGCGGCCGCAGCUCUGCCCGUUCUGGAGCAGAGCUCAGGCUGCCUGGUGGUGGUGUCCUCUCUGCUGGGUAAGAUGGCCACCCCCUUCAUGGCGCCCUACUCUGCCACCAAGUUUGCUCUGAACGGCUUCUUCGGUACCCUGCAGCAUGAGCUGGCCAUGCAGCGCAGCAAAGCCUCCCUCACCAUCAGCAUCCUGGGCCUCAUCGACACCGACUCGGCCAUGGAGAAAGUCAGAGGACACACCAACAUGACAGCCUACCCUGCCAGUGACGCGGCGCUGCACCUGAUCAAGGCCGGGGCCACUCGCCAGACAGAGUCCUACUACCCGGCCUACACCUACCUGGCCUGCAUGACCCGGGACUGGUUCCCCUACUUCAGAGACCUGGUCAUCCAGAACUCCUACACCUACUGACGGAGACGCCUGAGAAACAGCUGGCUGGCUGGUUUACUGACUGGUCGUCCGGUUAGCUGACUGACUGGCUGGUUUACUGACUGGUCGUCUGGUUAGCUGACUGACUGGUUGGCUUGCUGACUGACUUGUUGGUUUACUGACUGGUUAUAUGGUUGGUUUUGCUGGCUGUUCUUUUGACUGGCUAUCUGACUGGUUAACUAAUGGACUGACUAGAUGACGGACUGGUUUACUGGCUGGCUGACUGGGUGGCUAGCUGUGUGAUUGGCUGACUGAGUCACCUGGUUGCAGGAUGGGGACUGUGAGGCAGUCGUGUCACCCUGAGUGAAAUGAUUUGUCUGACUGUGUUGAUUUCAGUUCUGAUGCAGUGGUGCCCUUUGCACUGCCGCGGCCUGCAAGUACAGGGUAAGGGUGGGAUCUUCAGCAGCAGAGAUAUCUGACCACCGCUCCCUGCCUCUUGAACUCUGAGAAGGGACUCCAAAGGUUGUCCUUUAUCUCCAGAAUCAUGUAUUUCUCCCAGUUCAGUCCACUGACAGAAUCAUACUCAUGGGAUUUAGAGCACAGGUACACUUCUUCAGUCUCUCAGGAAUCAAACAGAACACUGGAGGCUUUUCCGGAACAAACGGUUAUUCCGGAACACACUGUACACUACUACACUCUUUUGGUACCUCACGAUUCGAUUCUUGGGGUCACUAAUUCACAUUUGAAUCGC